CUGGAAUCUAGUCAAGAGUUGUGUCCGUGCGCGCUGGAGAAAUGUUUCUGAGCACAGCGAAGAAGACUGAUCCGGACUCCACAUGCUCUUCUGCUGGGGACAAACCCACCGAUGCCCCGAUGGACAGCAGCACACAGGGCUCGUUCGUUCCGACGGUCACCGCGAUCUCCAGCACGCCGGACCUGCAGUGGAUGGUCCAGCCGACCAUCAUCACCUCUGUGUCUCCGUCUCUGGGUAGAGCCGAGAGCAGUGAACCGACGAAGAGCAAAGCAGCUGGGACCAAGGGGAAAUGCGCUGCCAGGAAGAGCAAGGGCGAGCAGCUCUCUCCGGAGGAAGAGGAGAAGAAGAGGAUCAGGAGGGAGAGGAAUAAAAUGGCUGCAGCGAAGUGUCGCAACAGACGGAGAGAGCUCACCGACACCCUCCAGGCUGAAACAGACAAGCUAGAAGAAGACAAAACCGCCCUCCAGGCUGAAAUCGAAAACCUCCUGAAGGAAAAGGAGAGGCUGGAGUAUGUCCUUGCCUCUCAUAAACCUCUUUGCCAGCUUCCUGAAGAACUGGACUGCCUGUUUCCGGAGUCUCCCCAGUCACUUCCAACUCCCGAAAUGGCCAGCAAACUCCCCGAAGACGUUCCCCUGCAGGACUUGGAGAUCCCCACGGUACCGUCCACAGCUAUUUCCGGCAACUCCGACAUCCUGCUGUGCUCCAGCGCAGAGGUCAGUCUGUGCGACCUCGAGCCCUCUCUGGAUAUCAAGGACGAGCUUCUCGACCGGAUCUCGGCGGACACGGCCCGCUCCGUCCCCGACAUCGACCUGACCGGCUCGCUGGGCAUCACAGACUGGGAAACCCUCUACAAGUCUGUGGCCAGUGAUCUAGAACCUUUGAGCACCCCGGUGGUGAGCACAUCCACACCCACCUGCAGCAACUACCUGUCCGUGUUCACCUUCGCCUGCCCAGAGCUGGACUCCCUGGCCGAGGGACUGGAGGGAUGCAAGGGGGGCGUGAGCAAAGCAGAAACUAGCGUCGACAUCCUCAACUCUCCCACCCUUCUCGCCUUAUAAAUGCAAGCGUUGAUGAUGUAAUGUUACGAUAUUGUUCUUAAUAUCUAUUGGAUAUCACAGUGUUAUGAUGUCCAGAUGUGUGAUGUUGGUGUGAAGCCAGAUGUUGUAUGGCUGCAUCCAUGUAAUUUGUGCGGGACAGGGGUUUACUUUCUUCCAGAGACAUUUGAUGUAGCCCAAAUACAAGAGCAUGGAUAAUUAUCUUACGAGCAGAUAUGAACUGUGUUCUGGUUUGAAAAGCAUGCACGAGAUAUCUAUAUAUAAAUAUAUAUAUAACAUAUAUAGUAUAUAUAUAUAUAUGUAUCAGUUCCAUAUUUGUUUGAUCUGGUGCUAAGUUCUGUGGAAUUGACUGCGGUUUUGUGUUCGUUUACUAUGCCAAUAGACUAUCUACUCGUGUUGUGCUUUAAUAUACAGUCAUCAGAGUUAUCACAUACCUCAGUGUUUUCACAUUGUUCUUAAAUGUUUAGAGUUUUCCAUGAAAACAUCCAGUGCUAUAUCGAUGGAGAUGUAUUUUAUGAUAAUUUAUUUUUCUACAUUUUAAAUUUGACUUUGAAGAACAAAAGGAGCAUUGAUUGCUGAAUAAAUGGAUAGACA